AUGUCAGAGAUACGGCCGUUUAUCAACCAGCAAGUCCAAAUUCUGUCGACGCCGCUGACUCUCGGGCCAAAGGGCAGAAAGGCUAUCGUCAACAUCAUCGAUAAUGACCCAGAACUCACCAAGGCGAAGAGAGCAGGCAUACUGCGAGGUGUCGAGAAAAUGGUGGAGAAUGUGAACGCAGCAGUCAGAGAACACAACCAACAGGUACUCAACAAGCAGGGCAUUCAUUACGUGUCGACAAAGUGCGAAAACAUUCUCACCGAGUACAUUGCCAGUUUGGAUGAUGAAGACGUUCUGGAUAGAUACCCACUUGACCCAUACGUGCAACUGGUCAGCGAGAAGCGGUCUAACAACGCAGGGUUGGAAGAGGACAACGAAGACAAAGGCAAUCGUGACAUUCUCGGAGAAAUCCAGUCUCUGCCCGUUGAAAAGCUCUUCGAUAUAGUGCCUCUUUUACCCACAGAGCGCGACGCGUCGAGCGUGUCGAGAUUAUCAGACUCGGUCAAAACACGUUACAUCGAGACAUUCAAACGGCUUAGCCUUGCGUGCGAUACUUACAAUACCACCCUGCAUCGUGCACAAGCUCUUAAGGAGUUGUCAUGUACAGCACAGUUCCUGGAGCACCCUCAAGAGUCCAUCCACCCCAAUCUGCCGGUAAGAAGAAGUGCUCUGUUGGAUGAAAUGAGUAGAUUGAGGUCAUUGGUAAGUCAUGUUGUGGCAUUGGUAGAGCGUGAUCCUUCAGGCAAGAGUCUGGAUGAGCUGAAACGCAUCCUAUCCAAGGCGGAACCUGAAAGCGUGGAGCGGCAGCUCAAUGCAUUACUUGGUCAGACCAUAUGA